AUGAGUGGAAAUCCAACUUCGGAGGAUUCGUCUACAUUCUUUGAACCAGUAGGACAGGCAGCUGAAAAGGUGAGUGAAGAGGUGAAAAAUACGGGAUCAUCGGAUGUUGAAGGCAACCCAGUUCAGGAAGUUGAGUCUCUAUGUAUGAAAUGUGGCAAACAGGGAGUGACGCGACUACUUCUUACAUCGAUUCCAUAUUUUAAAGAGACGAUCAUCAUGUCAUUUGAAUGCCCUCACUGUGGCUACAAGAAUAACGAGAUUCAGGCGGCUUCUCAGAUUCAAGAAAAGGGAACCAAAUACGUUGUUAAAAUUGAGAAUAAGGAUGAUUUUAAUCGUCAGGUUAUCAAAUCUGACUCAUGCACUUGUAAAUUUGUCGAGUUAGACGUGGAAAUACCCGCUAAAACUGGUCAGUUCACCACCGUGGAAGGAUCACUCAGCGAGAUGGUGUCAGAUUUAGAGAUGGAUCAAUCUCGGAGAAAGACCGAACAUCCAGAUGUCUAUAAAAAUAUUGAGACCUUUGUGAAUAAGGUGAAAUCGACCCUUGAUUGUGGACCAGGUACUCUUCCAAUUACAUUGGUGACAGAUGAUCCAACUGGCAACUCAUGGGUUGAAUAUAGGCCGGGAGAGGCCCAGCAUAAGUGGUCAUGUACUCAUUAUAUUCGUACUAAGGAGCAGGACGACCAAUUAGGAAUUGCCCAGGCAACUACUGCGGCAGCUAAAAUACAAGAAUCCGAUGCUACUGCUUCUGAUGAUCAAGGUGUCAAAACUACAGGAUCGUUUGGAGAUAAUCCCGAAGAUGAAAUACAGGUAUUCACAGCUUCGUGCUCGUCAUGCGGUGCUCCAUGUGAGACUCAUAUGAAGAUGGUUAAUAUUCCACACUUCAAAGAUGUCAUUCUUAUGUCUACAGUGUGUGCUAAGUGUGGUUAUAAGUCAAACGAUGUCAAAACAGGGGGCGAAAUCCCUACGAAAGGUAAGAGAAUUACACUAAAAUGUACAGAUCCAGAGGAUUUGGCCAGGGAUAUCUUGAAGAGCGAGACUUGUACCUUGAAAAUACCUGAAUUGGGACUUGAUGUCACACCUGGUACUCUAGGAGGCCGAUUCACUACGGUCGAAGGUAUAUUAAGUGAAGUUAAAGAUGGAUUAUUCAGCAAUGCGUUUACACAAACUUCCGAUUCUAUGGAUGAUGCCACCAAGAAGAAAUGGAAAGAAUUCUUUGAUAAAAUGGAUCUCGCCUUGGCCGGCAAAGAACAGUUCACCGUUAUGAUGGAGGAUCCUUUGGCCUCUUCAUACAUCCAGAAUGUUUACGCACCGGACCCAGAUCCUAACAUGACCUCUGAAGAAUACGAAAGAUCUGAGCAGGAAAAUGAGGAUUUGGGUAUUGCUGAUAUGAAAGUUUAA